AUGAGGCUCGCAGCUAAACUUUCGAGGGACUUGAAAAAUACAAUCGGCCCCUCGUUUUCACUUGUUAAACCACCACUUUGGCCACUACCAGAGCCAAUCAGACAAUUUUCUGCAGACAGCAGCACUUUCACCCCCAACCCAGUUGCUCUUGAAAUGAUAAAAUACGCUACCUCUCUUGCCCGUGGCCAAAGAACAGAAGAAUCAUAUGCGAGAGGACUGUUGGUAUUGGAACAGUGCGAGUCUACUCAGCCUGAUGAUAAUUCUAAGGGUUUGGUUGAACUUGCUCGUUCUACCUUGUUGUUUGAAAGAGGGUCCCAUGAGGCAGCUAUUGAGAGACUUCGGAAAAUUCAAGAUUUAAGUGUGUCUUCCAUUGCUAUUAAAGUUGCUGCUUCGGAAGCUUUAGUGGGAAUUUACCUAGAACAUUAUCAAGAGGAUGCUGCAUCAGCGGUUGCAGAUUUCGCAUUGCAACUACUAGGAACAAUCAGAAUGGAAUUAGGUAAUGGGGGUGGCUUUGAAGUUCUGGAGGCCCGCGUUAAAGCAGUAAAAGGUCUGAUUGAGCUCAUAUGUGGUAACCUUGACACAGCACAGUCAAUCUUUGAGGGAGUUCAGGGAGAGCGAUUUUUCAUUGGCAAUGCUGCCCUGUCUUACGCGGAAUUCCUUCAUGGCAUGCGGAAGUUUUCCACUGCAAAGGAGUUAUACCAGAAAGCAAUUCAGGCAGUGUCUGAGAUUAAAGAUUUGGGUGACCCAAACAACCUUGGAGCUUGUAACAUGACUUCGGAGGAAGUUGCAAUUGCAGCUGCUUGUGCUUUGGGACAGCUUGAGGCUCAUAUGGGGAACUUUAGUGAUGCAGAGGAGAUCCUGACAGCAGCAUUGAAGAAAAUGGAAGAGCACUUUGGCUCACAUCAUCCCAAGGUUGGUGUCAUUUUGACCUGCAUAGCCCUCAUGUAUCGAUUAAAAGCAACGGCGGAGCGCUCAAGUUCCCUUUUGAUUCAAGAGGGCCUUUUCAGAAAGGCAGUUGAACUGCUUAAAGCUCCACCUUUGGAGAUUGAUGGUGCGAGUGAAAAUGUUUACAGGAAAGAUAUAAUUGCACUUGCGAGAGGUGGGUAUGCAGAAGCACUUCGUGUACAACAGUCCAGAAAAGCAGAAGGGGAAAGAUUGAAACAGUGGGCCGAAACUACUUGGGGAAACUGUUGGAUGUCGCUGGGGGAAGCACUAGAAUUGUCUGAGUCUUCCCCUAAGGUGCCUGUCAUAGAUACUCGAAUAUGCAGGGUUGUGUAAUUUCCAGUGUAAUACAUAAUUUUAUAAUUAGUAUAGUGCCUCUAGUAGCAAAGCUAGAGUCUGUGUAACAUAAGCUAAUCCCACAAUUGUAACAUUUUGCAUCAUCUCAGCCCUGAUAAAUUUCUUUUUCUGGAUGGUACGUGUGAGAGCAGAAGACCUUGGUUUUGAGCUUUACUGCAGCCUAAACUGGAAAGCAAUUGGUGAAUGUUCAUUGAGGAAGAAUGCAAAAAUACAUUCCCAGUUAGCAUCUGUGGUGCAAUCUACUACCUUUCUGUAAUAAGAUAAUAGGAUUCUGAAGUCGAAGAUGGAUUAUGGUUGAUGGAUUAAUGUUGUCAACUCUUCAAUUUACAUCACAGAGUACUGCAUUUCUCAAACUCAGCAUGGAGAGAAAUUUUCGCAUGACCUUCUACAUAUGUCAGAUAGACAGUGCUGCUCCUAUUUAACACAAUGAACGUGCAUUUGAUUUCAGUUUUUAACACCUGACGAACGUGGGGAAAAAAUAAUAAAAUAAAACCUCCAUUUCUUA